GAGCAGUGCUAACAAAUCUCAAUUCCCCGCAUCUUAGAUUCUACCCCCCCCCCCCGGCUAUUUGGGUUUAAAAGUGGAUAGUCUGCAAUGCCAGCUCAGCAUAACAGAUCUAGGGCCAAGGAGAGAAACAAUGUUCUGAACAGACCCGAGUUCAUGUCUCUCAAUCAGCCCCUGAGGAGCGCUCAUGAGGGGAGAAGUUCGCCGAGGAAGUCCAGCGGACAGACGGGGCAUCCGCAGCAGGCUCCCGGAGACAGCAGGGAGUCCGCCCCGCUACCAGAGGAGGACUGCAUGCAGCUCAACCCUUCCUUCAAAGGAAUUGCUAUUAACUCCUUGUUGGCUAUUGAUAUCUGCCUGUCCAAAAGGAUGGGAGUCUGUGCCAGAAGCUCCUCGACCUGGAGCAGCGCCAGGCCCAUUGUCAACCUUAUUGGAAUCACGGGUCAUGGCAUCCCCUGGAUUGGCGGCACAGUCUUCUGCCUGACCAAAAGUAACACGCAGGCCGGGCAAGAGGUCCUUCUAAAUCUUUUAAUGGCCUUGAUCCUCGACAUGCUGGUGGGGGCAGGAGUACAGAAGCUAGUGAAGAGGAAAGGGCCUUCUGAGGUGACUCGGGGGAUUUUGGAUUACGUCGUCAUGGAUGUGUUUGCUUUCCCAGCUGCUCAGGCCAGCAGAGCGGUGAUGGUGACGCGAUUCUUCCUCAACCACCUGGUCCUAGCGGUGCCCUUGCGAAUCCUGCUCGUUAUCUGGGCUGGCGUCAUCGGCCUCUCUCGUGUGAUGAUUGGGCGACACCACCUGACUGACGUCUUCUGCGGGUUUCUCAUUGGCUAUUUACAGUUCAACUUUGUGGAGUUGCUAUGGUUACCAUCUGGUACCUGCCAAUUACUGGCAUCAGUGAUUCCAAUAUGAUAGACACUGGAGCUGCACGGAUGAAGCAGAUAAAAGAUGGGUAUGGGGUACUGGAUGUUGGGGUGGACAUCAGCACCCGCAUUGGUGAAAUGGUGGAACUAGAAUUUGCAAUGCCUCCUGUAGCCCUUCAAUAGUGCAUUUUUGGAAAAGUGGAAGACAUUUCUGCCUUUUAGAUUCUUUAGAAGAUAGAACUCUUCAAAAUUGCAUUUGAAAAAUUCAAAAUAUUUGCUUGUAAUGAAGGUAAG